UCGUACAAAACUAGUCGCAGUCCAGUCAGUUAUCUAUUGACCUACUCAACCUGUGGAGUAUUCGGACAGUCCUAAUCUAUCGACGGUUUAAAGUUAUCAGAAAAAGCGUCUUCACAAGCAAAAAAUGGCGUUAAAAGCUUUAUCAAGUUUAUCAUCAGAUGAAUAUGAGAACUUCCUGAAUUCUUUCGACACUGUAUUGACAGACUGUGAUGGUGUACUCUGGGUUGAGGACGAACUCCUACAAGGUUCCCCGGAAGUAAUUAACGAGUUUAAAAGAAUGGGUAAAAAAGUGUUUUUUGUUACAAACAACAGUACGAAAACAAGAAGUGAAUUUCUCGAUAAAUUCAGAUCUCUUGGCUUCAACGCAAAAAAGCUUACAUGGGCAGCAAUAACUAACAACCUGACCAUCGCAUCAGAAACACAGUCGAUGACUGAAAGGGCGAGUCCAGUAGGGAUGUGA